AUGACUCUUACUAAAACUUUUGUUUUAUCAAGGUGUGUUAUUUCCCUAAUUGCUAAUUCUCCGGAAGUCUUUACAGGAGGAGAUGAAGAUGAUGAUGAAAAAGUACUAAGUGAUUUUAAUGUUCCUUACAUGGUCUAUCUGCAGUCCAGCCCAGAGCCUUGUGUUGGGACUCUCAUUGACCCUCAGUGGGUGCUCACUGCUGCUCAUUGUUCCUUACCAAAUAAAAUCCGACUGGGAGUUCAUCAGCCCAACAUCAAAAAUGAGAAUGAGCAGAUAUACAGUUACUCAGUGACUGUAAUCCAUCCUUAUUUUGAUGCAAAAUUUCUGAAACACGAUCUGAUGCUGAUAAAACUCUCUUAUCCUGCUACUAUCAACACAAAUGUGGGAACUAUAGCCAUAGCUAUGGAACCCAUGAUAUUUAAUGAAACCUGCUUCGUACCAACAUGGACCUGGAAUAACUACAAAAACUUCAGUGACCCAGACAUCCUGACAUGGACAAAUCAGUAUUCUCAUUCCCAAAGUUACUGCUGGAAAAUUCUCCGACAACAGAGACAAGAAACAAGAAUAAAUAUUAUGUGCAUAGGACAUUCACUUAAUCCUAUGUCUGCAAUAAAGGAAGUCUCUGCUGCUCCAGCCAUCUGUGGUGGAAGGCUGCAUGGAAUUUUGUCCUGGGGGAAAGCAGGUGUCACCAAGGGGAGCGAGGGCUUUUUCACUGAAAUUCAUCCCUAUGCGAGAUGGAUCUUGAAAGUGAUGCAUUCCCACUGA